GCAAAUGGACAUAAACAAGCUUAACAUAACUUUGCUCCGGAUAUUCCGUCAAGGAGUGGCAGCUGCUUUAGGACUCCUACCACAACAAGUCCACAUCAACCGCCUAAUUGGGAAGAAGAACAGCAUUGAGCUUUUUGUUUCUCCAGUAAACAGGAAAACCGGAAUUUCCGAUGCUCUGCCAUCCGAAGAAGUGCUACAUUCCCUUAAUAUCAAUGUUUUACAUCAGAGUCUAUCUCAAUUUGGAAUUAUAGAAGUCUCCCCUGAGACCAACGUCUUACAAGGACAACAUGAAGCGGAUAAGAUCUGGAGCAAAGAAGGAUUUUAUGCGGUUGUCAUUUUCCUCAGUAUCUUUAUAAUGAUCGUCACAUGUCUGAUGGUUCUUUACAGAUUAAAAGAAAAAAUCCAGCUUUCUCUGAGACAAGACAAGGAGAAAAACCAAGAGCUCCACCUAUCCCCCAUCCCGUUACAGGCCACCCAAUCUGACGCAAAGACGGUCAACAGCAUGGUCCAGCCUGAGCACACCCCUAAAGUGGUAAACGUCAUAGUGGAUCCCCAAGGCCGAUGCACUCCUGAGAUCAAACCUGCUAUUUCUGCCAGUCCAUCACCUUUCAAAAUGAAGCCCGUGGGACUUCAGGAGAGGAGAGGAUCCAAUGUGUCUCUUACUUUGGACAUGAGUGGUUUGGGGACCAUUGAGCCUUUUGUGGCUGUGCCGACCCCACGGGAGAAAGUAGCGAUGGAGUACCUGCAGUCAGCCAGCCGGGUUCUCACAAGGUCACAGCUGAGGGACACCAUGGCCAGUUCUCAUUUACUCCAGACUGAAUUCAUGGAAAUACCAAUGAACUUCGUGGAUCCCAAAGAAAUUGACAUUCCACGUCAUGGAACUAAAAACCGCUACAAAACCAUUUUGCCAAAUCCUCUCAGCAGAGUGUGUUUGAAGCCAAAAAAUCCAACUGAUUCUUUGAGUACCUACAUUAAUGCUAACUACAUUAGGGGUUACAGUGGUGAGGAGAAAGCUUUCAUCGCCACACAGGGGCCCAUGAUUAACACCGUGAAUGAUUUCUGGCAUAUGGUCUGGCAAGAGGACAGUCCCGUCAUUGUUAUGAUCACAAAGCUAAAAGAAAAAAAUGAGAAAUGUGUACUCUACUGGCCAGAAAAGAGAGGGAUAUAUGGAAAAGUUGAAGUCUUGGUUCUCGGUGUGAAAGAAUGUGAUAACUAUACUGUCCGAAACCUUACCCUAAAGCAAGGAAGUCACACCCAACAUGUGAAACAUUACUGGUAUACAUCUUGGCCGGAUCAUAAAACCCCCGACAGUGCUCAGCCCCUCCUCCAACUCAUGCUGGAUGUAGAAGAGGACAGAAUUGCCUCUUCAGGCAGAGGACCUAUAAUUGUACACUGCAGUGCUGGGAUAGGCAGAACUGGGUGUUUUAUUGCCACGUCCAUUGGCUGUCGACAAUUGAAAGAGGAAGGAGUGGUGGAUGCACUCAGCAUCGUCUGUCAGCUUCGUGUAGACAGGGGAGGGAUGGUUCAGACAAGUGAACAAUAUGAAUUUGUUCAUCAUGCUCUGAGUCUCUAUGAAAGUAGGCUGUCUGCAGAAGCUGUCCAGUGAAAUGUUGAAGAUUCAGUUCAGUGAUAGUCUCUCAAGAGAAUUCAAUGUGUUGCCUACCAGUGGCUUCUUCCAGGAGAUUCCUGGGAUGGAAAACAACCACCAUGAGAAGCUUGAAAGCCAGCCUGUGAUGUGGAUUAUGGAAGUCCUGAAAAAUUAUGUAACGAUUACCAGACCUUGCCUGUAUAUGAAUGUAUUUGUAAGUUGCCCAAAAAUGAUUUUUAAAGAAGGUACUAUGUUGAUGGGGUAAUGCAUUUCACAUCAUCUUCAAGAAGGACAUUUUUCUGUGAUGACUUUCUGCCAUAUGGAAUGUAUGUAUGUAAUUCUGCUGAAGUCAGUUGACUAUUGAAAUACCCCCUGAAGAAAUGAUUAUUGAGUGUAUAGUUGCUUUAAAGUUUGCAGAAAUUUGUCUUGUGAAUGGACUGUCAGCUGUUAAACUGUACCUGUCUUAAGUGCUAUUACUAUUAUUAUUAUUAUUAUGUGGUGAGCUCCUUCUCCAGCCACCAGAUUCUUGCUGCUAAAGUUGCAGGUGAAAGACAGUGAAUUUUUCUUAGAGAAGUACUCAUUUUUGGAAAAAAAAAACAUCAAAAGCAGUAACUCUUUUAUAUGAAAAUGUGUUCUUGAUAAUCUUACGUAUUAAGUAUGUAUUUAUAGUAGCUCCUAUCAAUCUAUUACAGAGCACAAUGUUUGUCAUUUGGUGUGUGUGCGUGUGCAUGUAUUAAUUAAUUAUUCUAUACUAUUGUCUUAGAAGGCUGCUUCUGCUCCAAAGUUCAAUCCAGUGUGUUUGUAAAUUGUGAGUCCUUUUACUUUUAAAGAAAACUUUGUAGAUUCUGAAAUACCAAGGGUUUUAAAUACACAUCAGUCUUUUACUAAGAGGGAAUUUUUGAAAAUGCUGUCAACCCAUAGCCUUUCUCUCUCUUUCUAAUAAGCAAUGGAUAACCUUGGGAAUAGUGCAUACUGCUCUUCUGAAGGAGGCUGCUGGGGACAGUCCUUCUAUUUCUAUAGUGAUCUCAUCUUGAAGAGACAUAUGGAGCAGCUGUAAUUCUGUUCAGCAAGCACUCUGUGACCUGUUCAGAAAAUAUAUGAGAUAUCAAUGCAGUGAUGAUGUUGAUUUUGCUUCAUACUGCCAAUAAACUCACUUGAUACUAAA